AGUUCGUUUUCGUAGAGUCUUUAAUUUAAAAAACUGUCAGUCACCAUGUGUUUUAAUCACUCAAAUUAAAGUUGUGUAGGUGAAUUUCGCGUCCUUCCGCGCAUGUUAAUAAUCCUCACUAUAUAUUUGGUUUUCCUUGUUUGUGGGUCUUCCGCGAGAUCGCUCUUCAAAUUUCCUGUGUAUCAAUAUAAACGCAAAGCCACAAACGAACAGUUGUUUCAGAAAGUUGCCACAAACUGUAGUGAUACUUGCCCACUAGAACACAAUAGCUCUUCACUCGAACAUACUAAAUGUGUUCGUCUUUGUAUGAGCAGAAGCUGCUACAACUCACUUUAUGGCUUUGAUGAACUAGAAGAAGGUGAAAUUGACGUCAGAUUUUCAUCGUUUAAAGGUUGUGUUCUGCAAAAGCUGAAAGAGAAGGGUUUUCGUGUAAUAUAAAUUUUUAUUUCAGUUCACUUUCCAGAGAAAUGGACAACAAACCUACGUCGAUAAGAUCAUCUUUGCCUACUGCUACUAAUUCGACAGUUAACUAUCAUGAAGUAUUCAGUGAGUUGGUUCCGGUGCUGACUCAGUGUUUUGGUGUAAUUCUCUUGGGUUAUAUCGCUGGCCUCCUGAAAAUUUUUUCGGAACCCCAAGCUAAGGGACUUAACCUCUAUGUCACUAGAUUCGCUUUGCCCAUUGUAUUUUUUCGCGCCAUGGUAAUAAUUAAUUUUUCUGGUGUCUGUUGGUCUUUCGUCAUGGCUAUAUCUAUCAGUAAAUUGAUCGGUUUUAUAAUGGCAAUUACGUUCACGUAUUUAAUCAGUCGACGUUUUCAUCUGGGCAUAGCUGCUAUUGUUGCUAUGUUUGUAUCGCAGACCAAUGAUGUAGCAUUAGCUUAUCCUAUACGUGAGUUGUUUAUAAUACUCUCUUUUCCAUUAAUUAGUAAAAUUAACUUGCUUUUGGAUAUUUAAAUGAUGAUAACUUUCGUUUUUAUAUACUCGCUUGUUGAUUUUAAAAUAGACUUCAAGUGUACCUAAUAACGAGUGCUUUAAGUUAAAAAAAAUUAGUCAUUUUAAUAAGCAAACGUAUUUGUAUUCGCGUAUUGGGUUAUAAGCUACGCCAAUUGUGUAAGUUCUGGUUUUUGUGCACAUUUGAGCAUUCAAUAUUUCCUGUUUGCUCACACCCUGACAGUAAAUCUCUUUUUGGAGGAUUUGAAAAUGAAUUUCUGUGGUAUUGAUGACCUGUAAAUGGGAAUCCAAACCCAAAAGUUAACUAUUAGAAGUCGUUCACAUGUUACCUUUUUCUGUUCUCUAUAUUAGCUCCCUACUUUCUAAACUUCACCAUCAGAACCAAAAACCAAUAGCGCAAGAAGGCGAAUGUUCUUUUUUUGUUAGUUUGACAAUACUUUUUCAACUUAUCCUUUCGUAUUUAAGCAGGUUGUCUCUGAGGACGCUGGUUAUCCGCUGAAAAUACAUUAUUGUUCUCAAAUGACAUUGCAGUCAACUUCAUCUUCAGGUUUAAUACUCGAUGUUUUUGGUCUUUACUCUUUCCGCGUAAUCUAUGUGGUAUGGCUGAGCCUUAAUAAACGUGUCCUAACCAACAUACCUUUGUUAUGCCAUCACAAUAGGCGAACCGGAUUUCUGCGCCAAGGUAGGAACAACGGAGUUCGAAUAUGUGAACAUUGCGUUCAUAUCAGUCAGUCAUAUCUCUACACAAGGUAAAUAAUAGUCGGGCGAAAUAAAGAUACAACCUUAAUUCACUAUGACAGUUACUCCGUUAUUUGUUUGCUAACUGCAUUCAAAGUUCAGCCAUUUUUCCAUUUUCUGAACUGACCGACUAGAUAAAUGUAAAGCACGUAAUACAGUAGUUAAUUACUUCACAUAACUUCAGUCCUGAACUGCCUGACGGAUAGAAGACCGGUAAAAAUAAUGAAAUUAUUGAAAGAGGUUAUUAAAUGAUAAGAAAUAUGUAGAAGAACAGUAAUUAAAACAUGUUAAUUAAGUUAAGAUAAUAGGUGAAUGUAUCAAUGACCAUGGUUAGUUUUAUUCUAUGCUAUAUAAAUCCUUCCAACCUAUGAACUCGUUUUAAACAUUUAGUGGCAGAAACUUGAACACCAUGACCACUGAACACCCGUCAUUCAUGUGGUGAACCAUAGUAAGGAACGUCAGAUGUUGCAAAAUCUAUGGUGUCGAGAAAAAUAUUAGUAGCCACUGAUAUUGAAUAACAUCCUUUGAAUCAUCCUCCGUAAAUGGAACCGCAAUAACUAUUUUCUUACCCUAGAAAUCCUAAGCUUUGUUGGUGAUUUUAGUUGAAAUUUUAUUAAUUUUCAUCCAGAGACUUGACAUUUACAAUCAUUAUAGUUUUAGCCACAUAUUCCUUGUCUGUAAGAUUGCUUCUCUGGAUAAUUUACUGAAAAUUGCUAUGUAUCAUAUAUGUUAGAUAAAUCUCUACGGGUAAUUGGCUCAUCAUAUAAUUUUUUAAUAAUUGCACCCAAUCAGUCUUAACCAAUGUACGACCUGGCUCAGAUAUGUACCAAUCUCAGUUGUCACACUAGAUCAACAUAAUGAAACGAAAUUAUCAAGACGAAUAGCACAAGACUUAAGACAAUAGUAUCAUCAUUAAUAGUAAUAAAGAUCAACUUUAGAGAAUAUGGUCCGGCCAGAAGGAAUAAAAUAAUAAAUCUGAAUUAACAAUGAAGCUCAGCACUCAGAAAAAAAGAUGAGAAAUAAAUACAUCUGUAUCACUGAGGUCGACUCAGAAAGCCCGAUUGGUUUUUACCAACUUGCGUCACUUAUGGCCUAGGUGAAAUACCCGUUUUCCAACCAAUGGGCGAGCUUGCUGCGCAGCAGUUCGCUCUGUUCUACGUUGUGGAUGUGAGACAUGGUUAUGAAGAGUAAAGGAUAUUCGUGGUUUACUGGUAUUCGAUCAUAGGUGUCUGCGAAACACUACUCGUGUAUUUUGGAAACACGGAGUAAGCAAUGCCUGGGUUAAGAAUAGAAUACUAGGCAAAGAUGGCAAAUCUAUUGAUGAGGUAGUAAAUCUUCAUUAACUGAGGUGAUUUGGAUAUCUAUUACCUAUGCUCAGCCACUACCUACCUCGAUGAGCGAUGUUUUCUGGUGCAGGAACAGACCGGAAAAAGGCUAGGGGCGGCCAAACCAAAACAUGGCAUCAGUCCAUGAAGUCACUGGUGAUUGAACUUAGCCAUGUUAUUAGGCACAUACCACCUGGUUGGGAUCCUCGUGAUUGUCGUAACCAGCGGUUAGAGACUUUAGAUGAAAUGGCUCAAAAUCGUUUGCAAUAGCACAGGCGCAUCCACUCUUCGUCUCCCCUCAAAUCCUAAAAUUUUAAAUUCCCCAUAACUUUUUCUUGUUUUUAUUUCACUAAUUUGUAUUUUCUUUUCCAGUCGUAUCUUCCAUACCUAAUCUUUCGUAUUACCUCUGAUACUGUUACUACCUCUACUAUUUUGAGGUUUGGCCUGACAAAUUCAUCUCUCUGUGCUAAUGGCGUAUAACAACUUGAACCAAUGUACAUAAGUACAGGUUCUACGUUGUGACUGACUGAGACCGAUUUCGAGAUAUGCUACUUAUAGUCUUCAGCCAUCGCACAUGAUUAUCAUGUAAACCUCGACUAGAUAAUCUGCACCGUCAAACAUGGUUCAUACCAGCAGUGAGUGACUCAACGGACUGAUACUACACCUUGGUUUGAUGUCCCCUAAUUUUAUUUCAACUUAUUUCUGCUCCAUCCAACACUGGGCAUUGUGGUAACUAGUGGUUGUGCACCUGUGACUUAUGUCUCGAUUACUCAGUCAAUGGAUAACUUCGUAGCCUCAACAUACUUGAAAUAUUUACCUAUGACCCGGCGUUUAAUCUCUGCAGUAUUACUUACCUAACUGUUCUGCUAUAUGCCAUCAAUUAUUUGAAUAUUUUUGUGAUGAAAUAAGAGUAGCUAUGGAUAUCCUCUACUCUAGAAACGUCCUAUAUCACAGCCCUAAAGUAGGACAGGGGAAUAAUGUCUAGUAUAUUCACUGUUUAAUAAACAGAGAGAUAUCUUCCUUACUCAACAGGUGAGACGAUUUAGUAAAAUCUAAGCAAGUGUUAUGUGUUGGUACCAGGAUUUUGCCAGCCACCAGCUCAUUAAGGGUGAUGAAACUUCAAUAACAAAUGAAGUGAAAAAUGCACUUAACUACUUUCCUAGCACUCCCUUCGGCCUUUCUGGGUGUUGAUACAAAUCUGUUCUGAAUCAACAAUUCACAUUACUGGUCGAUUACAUUCUACUGUCAUAUUUUCAUUAAAUAACCAUCUCUUUGUUUCCCUCUUUUAAAUUUUAGUCUAUGCUCUUUUCCCUGAUUUGGCUAGUUAUAUUUAUUUAUUUGCGCCAAUCCAACUGAUUGUUCUUAAUCCAUUCGCUUAUUUUCUAUUGGAGCUAGAACGAGUCAGACUAACUAAUAGUGAGCUUAAACCGUUAAUUCAUAGUGAAGAUAGCGAUAUUGAUAGAAGACAAUUAAUAGAUGGUAAAAGCUCGAAUUCAGUCCCAUCAUGUGGUCGAUGCCAACAAUUGACACAGGUUAUGUUCAAUGUUCUCAAGAAUCCUUUAAUUUUCAUGACUUUAAUUGGUAUCAUUUUUAAUCUUAUAUUGAAGCACCAUUUACCAGUGUAUAUAAAUGGCUUGCUCAGUGUUAUAGCUGACUCCUUCGGUGCGACUGCUUUAUUUUCACUCGGUUAUGGUAUGGUUGGCAAAAUGUCUACCAUCACUCAAAGAGAAGCUUACAUUUUGACAACAAUCCUAUUGACAAAACUUUUGAUUGUUCCUUUUAUUACACGUGAACUUGUUGUUCAAAUGAUGCCUAUUGCAUUGGCUAAUGAAACAUUACGUUAUUCUACAUUUGGUUUCUUGUAUGGUACUACACCGACAGCCCCACCUGUGUUCUUAUUUGCUGCUGAAUAUCAAGUUAUACCUGUGGCCAUCGGUGUUGGUCUUGUCUUGGGAACAUUCCUAUGUGUGCCAAUUAUGUUUAUUUCUGCACGUAUUAUUACAUUGUACAACGCAGAACCAAGUGAUUAUGCAAGUAUACUCGGUACAACUGUUGAAGAUAUUUCUUGGAUUAGUAUUGUAUGCUGUAUUUGGACAUUGGGUGUACUUUGUGUUAGUCGAAAAGCUAUUCGAGUUCCUAAUCGAUUCACAUUAUGUCAUUUAAUUUGUGUGCUAUUCACUUGUACUGGAUUAUUACUUGGUCGUUUCGUAAAUUAUUAUUAUUAUGGUAUUGAAGAAAGUGUAAACGGUGGAAAAUUGAGUCAACCAAUACGUUGGUUAAAUUACUUGCAUUUUGCAAUAUUCUUUUUUGGUUCUACGGGUACACGUUGUUGGACCACAUUAAUCGCAUUAGUUCUUGUUAUGGAACGUGCACGUAGUCUAUGCUUUGUAUUACGAUAUCAAUUGCAUAUUUACUUAGCUGGCUUCUUAACACCUGCAGUUGUCACUGGCCUACUACUGUUAACAUCAUUUGGUCAUAUGGUGAAAGAUAUCGAUCCGAUUUUUCAAUGUGGUACUAAUCAACUGAUUAUAUCAAUCGUAGUUUUGAUAGUUAAUGCAUCUGGUACUUUAGCCUGUUUAAUCAGUUUUAUACGAAUCGAUGUUCCUGUGCAAGAUUGUUAUGAGAUUAAAGCAUCACCAGAUGUAGCAGAAGGAAUAUGUCGUUCACAACUUUGUCGAAAUUUCAACGAUUUUGACAAAAAUGAUACCGAUCAAACACAACAGUCUCAACAAACUUCUCCGAGUAAUUCAAUCAUUACAGACAGUUAUCGAAUCACUAGAAACAGUGAUGAUUCCGAGUUACUAAGUUGUAGAAAUUCACAAAUUCCACAGUCAUGUGAUUCUGCGAAAUUCUGUAAUCAAUGUGACAAGAAACAACGAAAAGAAUGUGCCAAAAUUCUUGCACGAUAUUGUGAAACAGAUCAACCUUCCAUGAUAUCGUCAACAUCAGCUACGCAUCCAAUAACUCAACAAAUUUCUUUAGGACUUGAGUUGGAUAAUGUUCAUGCCCAGGGAAACAAUAAACCUCCACAUCAUAAACAUGUGAUAUUCUUAAUAUUAAUAUUAGUUACAAUGUUUCUUGGUAUUUGUCUGUGUACUUGGAGGCUUGUACAUGAUGCUCCAACAGGUGUUUACAUAGUUCUCGAAUUUUUGGAUGGUUCUUUUAAUUUUGGUCAAGGUGUAGUUUUAUUUGCAUUAUUUGGUCUGGAUGCAGAUUUGUUUAUUGCACCGAUAAAACGUUUCUUAUCACGUUGGUUUAGUCAUUUCACCAGUAAACAAUUCAAUGGAAGUUUCAAUGAAGCUUUGCAUCAGACAACUGUUGAUAAGAAUAAAAUUGAUAAAAUAGUGAAUCAGUUUGUGAAAUUUCAUCUAAAAUCAUGUUCAACAAAUAUUGGUACUGGGAAAAUAAUUAAUUCAAUUCACUACGAACAAAUAUUUUAUCAGUACACCCUGGAACAAUGGUUAAUUGCCGCCGGUAUCACUGAUUCCAAUGAAGAGACAUUAUGUUAUAUAGAAUGCCUUGAAUUAGGUAAUAUUAUAACGUGUAUCAGUCCUAUGACAAAUGAAUCAUUUAUGAAUAAAGAUACAAUGACUGCAAUAUCAAAUACAAAACGCUUGUUAACAUUCACUGCUUAUGCUUGGGGUUUACAUAAUAUAAGUUACUAAAGAAAUUAAUUAUAAUUCAUAGCAGAAACUAUAAUAGUGUUACAUUUUUUCUUGUCUACAUUAUAUAUCUGUCACAAAUAAACAAUAGCUUUCAUAGUUAUCCGAUCAUUGACUGUUCCUGACCAUUACUUACUUACAACAUGUUCAAGCUCACUUGUCUUUCGAUGAUCAUGAGAUGUGUUUUUAUUUGCUUUUCAUAUUCUAAUCCCGAUGGGUUGACGACCAGGAGAGGAAGGAAAAGUAACACCUUUCAAUAUAACAACUUCAUAGUCUAACAAAACACAGUGAUAGUUGUUUAUUCCAGCUUUUUUUCUUUUCAAUAUCAUUCCAAUGUUUGUGUAUUUUCUUCCCUGAUCAUUGACAAACUGAGAUUACCCAUCUAUUCUUGUCAUGUUGAACUUUUGUGCUUUUUUUCGUUUGUUUUGUUUUAAAAUUUGUUGUAGCUGUUGCCGCUUUUCUAGUCUACACUUUUUUUUGGUUGCACCUUUGUAUGUAUGUUUGUUGACUGCUGUCUGUUUAAACAUUGAUAGCGAUUGGUUAAUUAAAACAAUAAUUGUUUAGUUUAACUAAGCUAUCUAUCUAAUGAAUUAGGAAAUAGGCAUAUAUAUGACUGGUAUAUUUCAUAGUUAUUAAUAUAAUAUGCUAAUAUGGCACAAAAUACCUCUUAACAAAAAAUGUCCAUAACAACUAUGUAUUCCCCUCUUUAGCACUUAGCUUAUAUGGGACACUGAGAAAAGUUGUACAAUAUUCUGAGUCAUUGUGUCACUUGAUGAUGA